GCCAAAACUACUCUGUUCUUCAAAAGAGGAGACUUCAAAGGGACGGGGACGACUCUUAAUAGCAGGAUCUGUUGUAGUGACAGGUGGUGUCUGUUUCCUCCCAGUGGUCUGUGGUGGUUUUCUCCCAGGGCUGAAAGAUGAGUUUGAGCACCAGUGAGCUGGAGGACCUGUGGGAGUCGUGGGGCGACCUCAACUUCUCCGACCCCUUCAGCAACAUAUCGAGUGUGGAUGCAAUGGUGUGUCCCACAGCAUUCAACCGCAGUGCUCUGCUGUACUCCAUGUGUGUCCUCUACAUAUUUAUCUUCAUCGUCGGCCUGGCUGCUAAUGCCCUGGUCCUCUGGGUCAAUGUCCGUGCACAAAGAGACUCCACCCCUCGGCACGAGACGCACAUGUACAUUGCCCAUUUGGCGGUUGCAGACCUGUGCGUGUGCGUCACUCUGCCUGUGUGGGUGAGCUCGCUGGCCCAGCAUGGACACUGGCCCUUUGGUGAGGUGGCAUGUAAGCUCACACACCUGCUGUUCUCCGUCAACCUCUUCAGCAGCAUCUUCUUCCUGGCUUGCAUGAGUGUGGACCGCUACCUGAGUGUGACACAGCAUGGCGACGGCGAGGGAGGCCUGCGCAGGAAGUUGAUUCGCCGCAGUGCAUGUGUUGGGGUGUGGCUGCUGGCGCUGGUGGCUUCAUUGCCUGACACCUACUACUUGCGGGCAGUGAAGUCAUCACAUGGGGACACCAUGCUGUGCAAACCUGUGUACCCGGAGGAAAAUCCCAGGGAGUGGAUGGUGGGUUUGCAGCUCAGCUUCAUCCUGUUGGGCUUCGUCCUCCCCUUCCCUGUUAUCACUGUGUUCUACACCCUGCUGGCCAGGGCCCUCAGCCUCUCCUCCUCUGCUUCCUCCUGCUCCUCUUCUUCUUCUGUAGUAGAGCAGGAGCGCCGCGUGAGCUGCAGGGUGAUCCUGGCCUACAUCGUGGUUUUCCUGGGCUGCUGGGGGCCUUAUCAUGGCGUGCUGCUGGUUGACGCUCUGUCACAGCUGGGCCUGGUGCCUCUGACCUGCAGCCUGGAGAAUAUGAUCUAUGUGGCCAUGCACCUCACCCAGUGCCUGUCAUUGCUCCACUGCUGUUUCAACCCCAUCCUCUACAACUUCAUCAACAGGAACUACCGGUAUGACCUCAUGAAAGCCUUCAUCUUUAAGUACUCCACCAGGACGGGCCUGGCCCGCCUCAUUGAGGCUUCCCAUGUGUCUGAGGCUGAGUACUCUGCAGUAGCUAUCGACGUCCCGCCACAGAUCUGAAACUUACACAACCCAACGAACAUUUGUAAAACACUGUGUAUAAACCUAAAAGACUAUUACAUAACAUAAACCUAUUUCAACACAGAUUUUUUUUUCUAUCAGAAUCUCAGUCUGAACAAUCCAAAACUGAAAAGAAAGAAGAAAGAAGGCUAUCAUUCUCUUCAUGGAAGUGUU